AUGAACCCAUUGUAUAGAAAUAAAUCAAGCAGCAGUAUUCAGCCCAGAGGCCUCGACGCCCCAUGGAAGCGGUCGGAGUGGUUAUGUUACUUUGAUCUCGUGCGGCAAUACUCUCAAAUGGACCUCACAUAUGCUUCAGAUGAAUUGGCCGCUUUUGCGGGUAUUUUGGGAAGACUUGGCACAAUAUAUGACACCCAGUUUUUUGCUGGCCUUCCCAUAUCGGCACUGCUCAUAGGGUUACAUUGGAUACCUGGUUACGAGGAGGGCGUAACUUAUGAACCCUCAUCAGAACGAAGAGAAAGCUUUCCCAGCUGGUCAUGGGCUGGUCGCAAUGGGCCGAUCGAAUGGCUGGAAGCUGUCGUUAUGCCGGAUUGGUGGCAGUGGGUGGGAUCAGUCCUCCCUGAUCCAACGACAAAUAUCCAAGCAGCGGAACUCAAUAGUGGUCCCGCACAAAUCCAUAUUCGCUCUCAGAUUAGAUCAGUUAAAGGGCUUUCAGCGGAACUAAGUACGGCGAGUCUUUAUCCGGAGAGCCUUCUAAAUUCGGGGAAGGGGAAUCCUACGCCUUUUAUCAAGAUUUUCGACAGCCAAGGUCGCUGGUGUGGUAGAAUCUACCAUAGCUCUCCAGACGUUAUCGCCGGCCCAAACAUCGACGAGGUAGGGCUUAUGCUACUUUCUACAUGCAGUACACGAAAGACUUGUAUGUGCGACACUUCAGGAGAAACUGAAUGAGAAUAUUUCUUUGACCAUAUUGCAUUUCCUAUCACCGGAGAGGACGGAAAAUUAGCACGAGUGGUUAAUCUCUUGCUCAUUGAGUAUAGAGUAUAAAGGGGAUGGCUAU